AUGGAUUAGAGAUAAGAAAAUUAUAAAGAAGUAAUAACAGAUUGGAUUUAUAACUUGAAAUACAUUCUAAGCGUAUAUUUGAAUAACAAGAACGUUCCUUCAGAUCACCCAAUAUACAUAUUAGGACAUCGAAUUGAUAUUGACUAGUUUGAAAUUGAAGAUCGCAUUAACAAAAUUAAGCAGUUAGUUCAAGAGACUAUUUGGAUUACAUAUAGGAGAAACUAUCCGCCUUUAUAUUAAUCUAACUACAUCUCAGAUACUGGAUGGGGAUGCAUGCUUAGAGUUGGAUAAAUGGCCAUGGCUUAAAUGCUAAAGAAACAUCUUAAAAACCAUGGAGAUAAAAGAGAUGAGGAUUAUGAUAACAUUAUAUUGGCCUUUGCCGAUAAUGACUCAUAAGAAAAUAAGGAGUUCAUUGAAUUCUAAAAUAGUAAGGAUAAAUAAAAAGCCCAUAAUUUUAUUUGUCCAUUUAGCAUUUAAAAAAUUGCUUAUUUAGCAAAAAAAGAAUUCAACCUGGAUCCAGGAGAGUGGUAUAGACCUAAUUACAUUCUAUUUCUCCUUGAACUAUUGCAUAAUACUAUACCUAUUAGAGCAUCUGAAAAUCUGAAAUUGUCAGUAUUUAAUGAUUCUUGUCUCUUUCUUGAUUAAUUGAUGAAUAGAAUGUUUGAAGCCAAAUUUGAAACUGACAAAGAUCUGGAGGAACAAUUAGAAAAGACUUAACUCAUUGGCAAAAACAGUUUAGCGAUAUUUGUCUUAACUAGAAUUGGUUUGGAUGAACCUAAUUAAAAAUAUUUGAAAAUUCUAGAUGAAAUAAUGGAGCUACCGUAUUUCUAAGGUAUUGUUGGAGGUACACCGAAACGAGCAUUCUAUAUACUUGGAAAAAUUAAUGAUCAUUACCUCUAUUUGGAUCCACAUUAUGUAUAGGAAGCUGAAAACAAGGAUCAAAUUAAUGAAAAUAAAAUGUUCAACCGAACUUCUUAUAGCUGCAAAAACAUUCACUUGUUAAACUAAAAACAUGUAGAUACAUCUAUGGGUCUAUCAUUUUACAUUCGAAAUUAAAGUGAAUUACUACAAUUUUGGAGAAAUAUGAAAUAAAUAAAACAAUCAUCUGAUGAUUUCUUUAUUUUCCUAUCUGAUUCUGCACCUGAAUAUGUAGAUUAUAGUGGUUAAUUGGAGGAAAGCAGCAAUAAACUUAAUGAUGAUGACGUUGUAUUUUUAUAAUGAAAUCUGUCUAUUAGUAUUUUGA